AUGGUCGCAACAUUUUCACCACACCGGGAUGCCGGAGGCACCCUGCAUCUCCCAUCACCUACUGGAAUUCAUCAUGUGGAUGCCAGCUCAGCAAUAAGGCAGCUCCGGCGGUCUUUGUCGCGCUCUCCUUCAAAGAGUUCUGACUUCCGUUUCUUGUCGCGGUCUCACUCCCAAACCCCAAACACGCCAUUUAUUUCAUCGCCUUUGUCGCCAUCACGUCGCGGUAACCUGUUUUUUGUCCCAGCGACUACAUCGCACGUCUCACCAUUUACUGCAUCAGUACCAGCGAAAUCUACAGCAUCGACUCUAACCACAACUGCUACAACUUCGUCUGCAACCCCUGUAGCGAUCCCCUUCCCUCCAAGCGCCAAGAUCAGUCGCCCAGUAAUGCGCAGGACUGGUUCGCUACCCAAUGCACGCUCUCGUACCUCUCCAAAAAGUCCCUCAAAAAGAGUUUUGAAUGUGUCUAGUGACCAGGGGAAUGCGACAGCUGCACCCCCCAUUGCUAGUCCAUUUAUUGAAAACGAAAACCGCGUCCAAGAAGAUAGUACAACAUCAGAAAAUUUCCAACCCUUCUCAACCGAUCUAUCUCCAGAAAACAUUAACACCAAUUUCGCGUUAAAACCAAGCCUUGGUCGCAUUGAGAAGCGACGAAGCGGUAACUUUGGGUCCCUGGGUUCAGCAGUUAGCCCUUUAAAAAGAACUGACGGGGCAAUGAACCUCGAUCAAAACGAAUUUGCAAGUCCGUCAGCAAAACGCCGCAGCCUGCAGUACAUUAGUGGAGUGUCCGAUUUUAGCAUCUUUGACGCAACAGACAACUCUCAAUCGUCUAACGACAUCUCAAACAACAUGGUUCGUGAAACUGAAACACAGCCUUUUGCGUUCUCCAGUCUUCCCGGAGGCAAUUUUGCAACUAUUCCAAAACGCUCUUCAUCGCUGCGUCGUUCAACACUUCAGCAACGAGGUGAACGGCCACUCUUCAGUCGCUCGCGCCUGAUGAAUGUUGACUACCCUGAUUCUCCUCCGAAGAGUCCAAUUGCUGCAAUGCGCCACCGCCCAUCUUUGGAUAGCAGUCUCUCUUCAUCCAUCCCCUUUCGCGACAACUUAUUCACCCCGCAACCACGACCUGCGUCAAGCAACCCACUUUUCGCAAAUGUUCAGCAUGGGAUGGCCAAUUCAACUCCGCAUGCGGCGCAUCCCCUGUCCCGCACCAUCACCCAAUCUUCUUCUAGUUCUAGUCUAGCUGAUGAUUCUCCAACUCACGAACCCAUCCAUAAGAGCGAUCGUCCAAGACCUAUCUUCAACUUUUCCAAAUCUCUUCCAGUGGGCACUACCAGACCCGAGCCCCAGCGUCAAUUUACUAGAGAAGAUUCCAAUGCUUCAACGGACUCUUUUGCCACGCCAGAUAACUAUCGACAGGCUAAGCCAUACGCUGCUGCAUUCAUGUCAACUGGGUUAAUAUCAAAGAAGAACCGCAAUGCAGAGGAUUCACAGAGCUCGUUCGGCGCUUCUACUAAGAAUAUGCCAGACACUCCGUGUAAGCGGUCUACAACCUUCCUUCCAUCUGCUCAAAAGGCGCUACCCGUGCGACCCGUUUCACGCCCGAAGUUAGUCCGUCAGCCAUUCCUGGCACCUUCCACUCCUUCUCAGCAUGCGGUUCCAGCUUCAGGCCCAUUCUCUCGGGGCAAUGGUGUAUUGAGUAAUGUAUUCAACCGACCCUACCACUCUCGACGAGACAGUUUUGUAAGUAUUGAUGGGGACGAUGGUUCAAUUUCUCAAUCACCCUCGGCUCGCCAUGGUAGUCAACAAUCAAACGAGUCAGAUUUCCCUCCAACCCCAACAAAGCAAACUCCCGCCACCCAUGAAAUUUUACCUGGCUCUCUUCGUGGCACUCCUCUUGGAGAAACGUCUAUCAAAGUGCCAAUUGAUGCUCAAGAAGCAACCACUCCUUGCACUCCCAAGGACAGCAUAUUCCCUCCAGACCCCAGUGGGCUAUCAAUUUCUGCUCCCAACGAGCCUGCUCUAAGCCUAGACGAUCUCAAUGCAUCCACCAUAACUUUUCCUGCUACGCCUACUGCAUCGCGCGACUACUUUGCGCCCACUGGCAAGCGGAAGAGUAUGUCCCUGGGUGGAUUCAAUGCUAUGGAUGUGGACACUAGCUUGACGACCCGUUUUGACAAGGUAGAGCUCAUUGGUACUGGAGAGUUUUCGCAGGUAUAUCGGGUUUCCAAUCCUCCCGAGACCUCGCAAUAUAAGUCGAUCUUUUCGUUACCAUCAGCUGGUUGUAACUCACCGUCAGCCUUAUCCGAACGUGUCUGGGCCGUUAAGAAGUCAAAACAAGCUUUCGGUGGCCCCAAGGACCGCACUCGUCGAAUGAGAGAAGCGGAAAUCCUUAGAGCACUAGCCCAUUCAGAUCACGUCAUUUCUUUUAUUGACCAUUGGGAAGAUAGAGGACACCUCUAUAUUCAGACCGAAUAUUGUGAGGAGGGAAGUCUAGACGUGUUUCUUGCUCAAGUUGGACUCAAAGCCAGGCUUGAUGACUUUAGAAUUUGGAAGAUACUUCUGGAGUUAUCACAGGGUUUGAAACACAUUCAUGAUUCGGGCUUCAUUCACCUCGAUCUUAAACCGGCCAAUGUAUUGAUUACCUUCGAAGGGGUACUCAAGAUUGGUGAUUUUGGCAUGGCUACAACUUGGCCUGCGGAGAAGCACAUAGAAGGCGAGGGCGAUCGAGAGUACAUGGGUCCAGAGGUCUUAAUGGGCAUGUACGAUAAACCCGCCGACAUCUUUGCCCUUGGCCUUAUCAUAUUCGAGAUUGCUGGAAAUGUUGAGCUUCCCGACAACGGAUUGUCGUGGCAGAAGCUCCGCAACGGCGAUAUCAGCGACGUUCCCAGUCUGACUUGGAGCUCGGAAACAAGCAUACUACGUGAUGCUUCGGGGAACCCCCUAUUUGAAGGUUUCUCUUUUGAUGAACUUUGCCAUUCUGACCCCGCGUUCGAAGAUUCGGGUAUUGACUUUACAGGGUCUCGUUUACCUAAGCCACAUCACCUUACACGAAGCGGAGAGCUGGUCGAACCUCCUAGCUUCAUGGUAGAUGCGAACCACGAAGAUGCUUUGGAUAAACUUGUUCGCUGGAUGAUUUCUCCAGAUCCUUCCCAACGGCCUACCGCUGAUCAUCUUCUGCAAGCACAUGGAAUUCAAUGGGCCAUGACACGUCGCCGGGCUGGGGCUACCGUUUUUGAAGGAAACUGGGGUCCGGCUGACGAAAUCCUCCAAGAGGAUGCAGAGAUGAUUGAUGUUUGA